UCGAGUGUUCCCCCCAUGCACUCGCUCGUUCGCACCGCACCGCACCGAGAUUCAAUACAAAAUAUUAGCUUCAACCGCCGUACAACAUCCCUCUAUUCUUCAUUCACCGACCAACUAUACUCCCCGCACCACUAUUCUGAACAGUUUCGUUUUCCCUCUUUCCACUCGCUUAGACAAAAGGCAGCAAGACACCACACUUCACGACAGUAGGCUCAACUAUGAGGUCUCUGCUUCUUCCUUGUCUCGUAGCUGCACCAGCUUUCGUAACUGCUGUUACCGGUCAGCGAACCCAUAACCAGCCUAAGCACGCCUUGCACGAAGAUUCACCGGACCUCAUAUGCCAUAGUGGAACUUGUUAUCCCAGAGUUUUCCAACCCACCCAUGAAUUUCAAGUUGUGCACGACGAUCAGGAAUUACCUCGUGGCCUCCAUUACAGACUCAACCUCGAAACCGGACUGAAGGAAGCGAAAAUCAAUGUAGACGACAGCUCGGAAACUAUCAGUGGCGUAGUAGUACUACCAGAUCAGGGAGCGGAAUCAUUACCACCUGAUGACCACUCUAGGCAGCGGGUUCCGAGUUCUGAUGACGGAGCUAUCAAACCCCCAUCAUCUGCCCCUGGAGAUAGCGUGACGCUUAGCGAAUCUUUGGAGAUAAUCCUUGAUACAUCCUCUCGAUCAACCCCUGAUAUCAUUGCUGCUCUUCUUUCGCUUGAGGAUUCUGCGCACGAAAUCUACUGGGGACUACAAAUCUCAGCCCCACGCUACGUUGCUAGUCUUUUACGCCUGAUCAGCAGCGCCCCUGAUGCUUCCGUCAGGUCGAGUUCUGCCCUUGUUUUGGGAAAUGCUUUGUCGAACAAUCCUAAGGCUCUCUCCUCGGCCACCUCAGACCCCCUUGUCCCACUGAUUCGCUCGCUCCUAUCGUCUCUCGGGACAGAGAAUGAUACUGGUGCCAAAGCACGGAUCUUGUAUGCUCUCAACAAAGCUAUCAAGUCUCCCCUCACUCGAUCCGAGUUCCUUAUUGGAGGUGGAAUGCGCACGCUGCAAGAUCUUUUCGCACAAGGAAACGCUGAGUUCAUGGCUAAGACAGCCACCUUUGUCGAGGAUAACUUCCUUAACGAUGAUAUGCGUGCAGAAUCGGAAUUGAAGGCCGAGCCCGGUGUCAAGAAGCAAGAUAACAUUCCAAAUCGUUACCGCCCUGAUCGUGUCCUUAACGAUGAGAGAAGCUUCUACCGGCCUUUUGAGGAUGCUCUUUUGAACCGAUCCAACCAGAAAGACCUCGAGAAUGACGAGUUUAAGAGUAAGGUAUUCAGCGCCUUGAGCGCUUUGAAGCGCAAGCACCCAGGUGACGAAGCUUGUACUCCUAGUGCAAAUUUUCUGAUCUGGCUGGAGGGUCAGGCCGAUCUCAGGGGAAAGACUCUCUUGGAGCUUGAGGAGGAUGGCGAUCAACUGACGAAAGUAUUGGCGGUGGAGAACCGUGGCCUUUUUGUUGGGUAGCUCCGAUGGAACAGAAUGAAGCACUUCAUAGUCCCGAUAUCCGCCCCCUCUGCUGGUUUCCGUUUUCUAGUUUUCCUGGGGUGGCGCUUUCUGCCUUUUUUGCCUUUUUUUUGUUGUAAAUAACUAGAACGUUCUCGUGAUAUUACGGAGAAGGACAGGUUUCUUUGGUUGCGAGUCGUUAUCUGAUUUUUGGUCAUUUUACAAAUUUUAUGCGG